GACGGCAUUUUGACGUUAAAGUGAUAACAAAUAACUUCAAUUCGCUACUUGGAUUAUAUUAUCUUAGUUAAGGUAAUUAAAUAAAGUUUGAACAGAAAUGUCUCGCAAGAAUUCUACUUCUGUCUUCAUUUUAAAGAAAGAAAAAAAAAUGUUAGAAAAUCUCUAGGGAAAUUGCUGAAUAAACUAUGAUUUUCUUAGGAUUGUAUUCAAUUCAGAUUUAUAAUUGAUGCAUGUCGAGAUUUGAAGAUGAUUUAUGACAAAAGGAAAUGGAUAUACGCGCAUGCGCGUUAAAGAAUUUCCACAUUUCUACCCCCUCUUUAUGAAUAAAGCGUGUAGCUCCGUCUUCUCAACAUCAUUCGAGUUGUCUACUCUCAGUGUUAAAAGUAGGAGCAGAGCGUUCUGUUCGAAACCAGUGUCCGAACAUUCUAAUAAGAAGAAGAGUAUUCUAAUUCUCUCUCUUUCUCAUCUAUCUUCGCACGGGGGAAAUGCAAAGAUUUCACCAACCACUUGUGACUACAAAGAAAGCAAGUCUUUAAAAAAUUGAAUAUAAAAAUUGAUUGAGAUGUUUAAUGUAAUUUAGAAGUCCGCUCUAUUAGACUUUUAAAUAAUAACUUUAAUUAAUUUUAUUAUUUGUGUAUUUUUAAGAAUUGCAAUAAACUAAAUUCUAUUCAUACUUCUAACUUUAUAUAUUCAAGUUUGACAGUAUAUUGUUUAUUUUCUGUAUUAGUUACAACAUGCACAUGGCAUCAUGGCAAGAACAAGGACAAGAAACAAAUUCUCGGCGUCCACAAGAUAUAUAUCCACAGAUGGAAAUGAUACCAUUUUCGAUCUCAUCCUCAAUAGCUGAUGUAACACAGGUAACGAAAAUGCGGUUUUCUCCACCGACAGUGUGUUAUAAUAAUCAUUUGAACGAUAUAAAUACAAUCGAAUACAAUUUUGUGAAUUGUGUGAAUCAGGAAUACAAUUUUUACGAGCAACGUUACGUACCGUCAAUGAACAAUUAUCCAUCAUUUCAAUCGAGCAGUGAUUACACUUAUGUCACCUCUCCCAGCUUAAUUCAUCAAGAAGAUUUUAAAUGUGGAUCAUUCUCGUAUGCUCUACCACCAAGCACAUCGAUCAAUCUGAUAUCUCAGGGUACCGCUACUUAUAACGAUACUUGUAAAUCCUCAAUGACGUACAACAACAUACAUACAGCAAUACCGAAGCCCGAGAUGAUGACCGAGAGGUUGCUGCCGUUAUCAUUGCGAAUGCAAAGUCAUCCCAACUAUCAGAUUGAGUCAGAAACAUCGAACGCCUGCAAUUAUUAUCGAUCAUCAAUGUUACCGUCUAAUGUUACCCCGUUAUCAGAUCCUAACAUGUCGCAAGAGUUGUCAAACGAAGCGGAAAAUUCUCACCCAUCUCACAUGUUUCAGAAUCAUAUCUAUCAUUCGUCAAUGGGGUCAUCGGAAUCUCAACUUCCAAGUUUUGUACAUAAUACCAAUAAAUCCAAGAAUAAGAAGAGAUGUCAGUGUCCUAAUUGCAUUACCAAAGAGAAUAAUGGCCUAUUUGGCAGUGAAGCUAAAGGGCACAUAUGUCAUGUGCCGGAAUGUGGAAAAAUAUUCAGCAAGACGUCGCAUCUCAAGGCGCACAUCAGAAUGCACAGCGGCGAACGACCAUAUCUCUGCACAUGGCCUCGCUGUGAUAAGAAAUUCACUCGGAGUGACGAACUGUUGCGUCAUAAUCGCACGCAUACAGGCGAAAAGAAAUUUUUCUGCACUCAAUGCCAUAAAAAGUUUACGCGAAGUGACCACCUCAGCAAGCAUGUAAAGACGCACGAGAAGGGAAGCAGGAAAUCUCGUGUGACCGAGAGGUGUGACACGAGCAAGAAUAGUUUAUUCGAAAACUCUUCAACCGAAAUUUCGAAUUCCUCAUUUACUUUUCAAGAAUAUCGGAAGUAUCCACAUCCUUUAUGAUAAUUUGGUAAAAUAGCAUUUUACACAAAUUUCUUAAUGAUAGUAUAUUUUAUGCGAACUGUGUGUAUUACACAGUUUUGUUUCAUAAUUUUAUACAAAAUACAUUGCUAAACUUAAAAAUAUAACUUUAUAAAAACUUAGAAAUU